CCGCCAAAUUCGCAGAUAGUGGUACAGUGGAGAGUGAUUUGUGUUUUCCGUCUUUUGUUGUACAUUUUCUUUUGUAAAUAAAUAAAAUAAUACUUAUUGAAAAAUAAUUUAAGAUGGAUAGUGAUUCAUCAUCCUCAGAGAUCCAUGAAAAUGGUGCAGCAUCUCCAAGAAGAGAUCCUUUGACUUCAAGUCCUGCACGUGAUCUGCCACCGUUUGAAGAUGAAUCAGAACUCAUUGGUGGUGUUGGAAAUGAUCAGGAAGAUAUGGAAGAAGAUGGAGAAGAGCUUUUUGGGGAUAAUAUGGAAGCGGAUUAUCGACCAAUACCAGGUCUUGACCAUUAUGAUCCUGAUAUGGUUGAUGACUCAGAAUAUAGUGCAUUAUCUGAGGGAGAUCGCCAGGCUGCUGAAGACGAGAUGCGAAGACGUGAUCGGGAAGAAGGAAGAGGUUUAGGACGUAUGAGACGGGGUUUGCUAUAUGAUGAUGAUGAAGAUGAAGAAGAAAGACCAGUUCGGCGCCGACGUUUAGCUGAAAGAGCUGCAGAGGGUGUCAUGGGAGAUGAAGAAAUGAUAGAGAGUAUUGAAAAUUUAGAAGAUAUGCGUGGACAUACUGUGAAGGAAUGGGUUUCUAUGUUGGGCCCUAAAACGGAAAUCUAUAACCGUUUCAAAAACUUUUUACGAACUUUUGUUGAUGAAAAUGGUCAUAAUCGAUAUAAAGAAAAAAUCAGCCAGAUGUGCAAAGAAAAUAGACAAAGCUUUGAAGUGGACUACAAUGCUAUUGCAUCAGAAGCGCAAGUUUUAGCAUAUUUCUUGCCAGAAGCUCCCACUGAAGUUCUCAAAAUAUUUGAUGAAGCUGCAAAAGAUGUUGUUCUUAGCAUGUUUCCUCAGUAUGAAAGAAUAACUAGUGAAAUUCAUGUUCGCAUUACCGAUCUUCCACUCAUGGAAAACAUCAGAAGCUUAAGACAGUUGCAUUUAAAUCAACUUGUACGAACUUCUGGUGUUGUGACUUGCUCCACUGGUGUGUUGCCACAACUGUCUCUUGUGAAAUUUGAUUGUAUUAAAUGUAAUUAUGUUUUGGGACCUUUUGUACAAAGUUAUGAUAAUGAAGUUAAGCCUGGAACUUGUCCAGAAUGUCAGAGUAAUGGACCAUUCCAAAUAAAUAUGGAGCAGACCAUAUACAAAAAUUAUCAAAGGAUUACAGUACAAGAAAGCCCUGGUAAAGUAGAUGCAGGCAGAUUACCUAGAUCAAAAGAUGUCAUAUUAGUUGGAGAUCUGUGUGAUACUUGUAAACCUGGAGAUGAAAUUGAAGUGACUGGCAUAUAUUCAAAUAGUUAUGAUGGGUCUCUAAAUACUGCUAAUGGUUUUCCAGUAUUUGCAACUGUUAUCAUAGCUAACCACGUUGCCAAAAAGGAUAAAAUUGUGUCUCAAAAUUUGACAGAUGAGGAUAUUAAAGCUAUUAUUGCUUUAUCCAAGGAUGAAAGAGUUGCAGAAAGGAUAGUAGCUAGUAUAGCACCCUCAAUUUUUGGACAUGCUGAAAUAAAGAGAGCUAUUGCCUUGUCUCUCUUUGGAGGAGAAUCAAAGAAUCCAGGACAAAAACAUAGAGUGCGAGGAGACAUCAAUAUUUUAAUAUGUGGUGACCCUGGGACAGCCAAAUCUCAAUUUUUGAAAUACACAGAAAAAAUUGCUCCACGAGCUGUUUAUACUACAGGUCAAGGUGCAUCUGCUGUUGGCUUAACAGCUUAUGUCCAACGAAGUCCGGUGACAAAGGAAUGGACAUUGGAAGCUGGUGCUUUGGUUCUUGCAGAUAAAGGUGUCUGCAUUAUUGAUGAGUUUGAUAAGAUGAAUGAUCAAGAUCGAACUAGCAUUCAUGAAGCUAUGGAACAGCAAAGUAUAUCUAUUUCUAAAGCUGGUAUAGUAACAUCUUUGCAGGCAAGAUGUGCUGUAAUUGCAGCUUCUAACCCUAUUGGUGGACGAUAUGAUCCAUCAAUGACUUUCUCAGAAAAUGUUGAUUUAACUGAGCCCAUUUUAUCUCGAUUCGACAUCCUUUGCAUUGUUAGAGAUCAAGUUGAUCCUAUUCAGGAUAAACAAUUAGCCAAGUUUGUUAUUCAAAGCCAUGUUAAUCACCAUCCAGGAAUUGCAGAUCAAGAUAAGGCAACAUUACCAGAAAUGGAGGAUCCUCUGAUGGCUGGAAUUGAAAAAAUACCUCAAGAUUUACUUCGAAAGUAUAUUAUUUAUUCAAGAGAAAAAGUUCAUCCUAAACUACAUCAGAUGGAUCAAGAUAAAGUAGCUAAAUUAUAUAGUGAAUUGCGUAGGGAAAGUAUGGCUACAGGUAGUGUUCCAGUGACAGUCAGGCAUAUUGAAUCUAUGAUCAGAAUGGCUGAAGCUCAUGCAAGAAUGCAUUUACGAGACUAUGUGCAUGAGGAUGAUGUUAAUAUGGCAAUAAGAGUUAUGUUGGAGAGUUUCAUUGAUACACAGAAAUUUAGUGUUAUGAAAGCUAUGAAAAAGACAUUUUCAAGAUAUCUUACAUAUAAACGUGACAACAAUGAAUUGCUUUUAUAUGUUUUGAAACAACUGAUCCAGGAACAAAUUGCUUACCUUCGAAGCAGAUUCACUACAGAUAUUGAAACUGUAGAAGUUCCAGAAAAGGAAUUGCAGGAAAAGGCUCGACAAAUAAAUAUACACAAUCUGAUGCCAUUUUAUGGAAGUGAUGUAUUUCAUGCACACAAUUUUCUGUUUGAUAAGAAGAAAAAAGUGAUCCAACAAAGAAUUAUUGGAGCAGCUUGAAGUGACAUUUUUUUUGGUUUUAUAAACCAAUCUAUAUGUGCCUUUUCAUUAUUCAGUGUUUUUAGCAUUUUGUAUAAUUCCUAUUCUUUUAUUAAAAUCAAUACAAUUA